AUGACCAAUCGACGUGUCGCGUUGGAGCGCAGAAAAAAUUCCGGAUCGAGCCGCGUGUGACCGCGGCAAUCGACGACGUAAUGGAGUGGCGGCAAGGUUCCACCCAUGGAAAUUUUUGUAUAAAAGGACUCGAAACGGACGUGUACGGCACGCGGCUUUUCGGGAAUUUUCCGUCUGUCUAGCUUAUUUCUGGUUUUUUGUAGGGAAAAGGUUGAUUACGGAUUUCUAUCGACUCUUUCCUUUUUUGCAAAUUACUGCGAAGUAUCUUUUUCGAAUUCUUUCCGUUUUGAAGUCAAAAAAUUCCUGGAUUUUGAGGGGUAAUCUUUUGCUUCUCUCUGAUGAUUUUUUGUCUCUUAAGGAAUGUCUUUAUUUAGGCUUAAGACGAAGUUUUCUGCUUAUGUGCACAUUUUCUAGCUUUGAAUCCAUUUUCUGAGAAUUUCGAAAAACUUGAUCUUCGUCUUGAAAGUUCAUUAGGAAUUUUUUCAGCUCCAUAUGAAACCGUAACAUUUUUUUUCAAGGUUAUGAAUCAUCUAAUGAUCUUGUUCAGGUCAUGCUCACUUUGAUCGUUGUCGGACUCGUCGCGGGCACUUCUGCCCAGUUCUUGCCCCCGUUGCCGCCAAUGCCUUCCUGCUAUGGCGGUCCUCCUUGUCCCCCACUUCCUCCCAGGGUUUGAAGCCUAUUUUUGAAGAUAUCAAACGAAAAUCCUUUGAAGCUUCUGGACACGAGGUGGAGUUGGUUAGAAACUUCUUGACCCGUUCUUUUUCUUAGAUACUAGAUGAAAAGCUCAGAAAUUGAAAUUGAUUGUGAGAAGCUUCGGGAACAAAGCUUGUGAAAAGAAAUCACACAGAAAUGGAUAAUUAGUUCUCAAAAUUGGCGAGUUAUGACACUUCAAAGUUCGAAUAUCUCACAGAUUAUGAGAAAAAGUUUCGAAGCUUUUAUGAUGUCAUAACUUAAGAAUUUUUAUUUUAUUUUCUGAAAUUCAGAUGCUCUAAUCAUCACUUGAAUCGAGUUUCCUCGGAAACUCCCAACUAAAAGAAAAAAAUAAACUCCAUAAAAGGAAGAUUUUAUCGGAAUGUUCAGCUUCUGCUGGCUCCGAACAACUGUGCGUGUCCACCGCCGCCAUGCGUCGGAUGUGCCCCUCCUCCCUGCGACUGUCCCCCUCUCCGCGCUCCUCUUCCGCUUCCGCUGCCGCCUCUUCCGCCUCCAUGCGCUUGUCCUCCGCCACCUUGCGUCGGCUGCGCACCCCCUCCUUGCAACUGUCCUCCACUCCCGCCACCGGUAAGAUUCUUGCGUGAAAUGAGCCAUUUGAUAAUUUAUGAUGACAGUAUUCCCGAAAAAAAUUCAGAAUUUUUUUUUUGCUGAAAUUGGGUAUCUCAGAUUGCUUGAAAAGUUGAUGAAAAAUAGCCAUUUGUUGGAUUUUUAAAUGAACCGAGCAAUAGACCAUCCGUUUCUGAGUCAUUUGCAAUUAAAAAAAGGAAGAGGCCGAUUUUCAGUGCGUCUGUCCACCACCGCCAUGCGUCGGAUGCGCACCACCCCCAUGUAAUUGCGCGCCUCCCCCAUGUGCUUGUCCACCCCCGCCUUGUGUCGGCUGCGCUCCGCCUCCAUGCAACUGUCCUCCACUCCUACCACCGGUGAGACCUUCUUAAAAACAUGAAGAAGAUACAUUUCUAUUUUCCAGAUCGAAUAUGGCCUUCCUCCAUGUGUUGGACCUCUCUGCGGCGGUCCCCUUCCUUCUCCGUCAAGGGUAAAAUUUUUGAGAAAAAAAAGCCUAUGAAAACCAGCUCAAGUUUCAACUUCUCAAUGCUUUUCCAAUCAUAUGACGAAAAAAAUACCACAAAGUUCUGAGUUUCUUUUUCGAAAUUUGAUAUUUUAUCCUUUUGUCAUUAGAGCACACUUUCAUCCCUUCUUUUUUGAAUUAAUUUUUCGGAUUAUAGAGGCUCAAAAUUUUCAAGGUUUAUAUUUUUUGAAGAUGAUAUGCGCUAUGCGCAGAAGUCUUGUGCUGUCAGGAAUCAAACUGAAGACGAUUUUUCGUCUUGAGACCAUUAGAAAAUUCGCCUAUGCUCCUUUAAACAAUCCAGUCAGUCUUUAAGCUGAUUUAAGCAAAUUAAAACCAUUUUUUUGACCGAUAGUCAAAUUUUCAGGCCUACUUCAGCGCCUCGUGCUGUAACAGAAUCGGUGAGUUUUCUAUUUUAUCUGAAGAUUCAUAAAAUACAUGUUUUCAGACUAUUCCUGCUGCCCUUACAACCGCCGUAUCCUGAAGCGCAAUGUCUAA